AUGAAGAUCCUUUGCCUCCACGGUAAAGGGACCAGCGGACGCAUUUUUAAAUCUCAGACUACAUCGUUGCGGAGGAAACUCGAAGAGAGAGACCCAAAAACGACUUUCGAAUUUGACUUUGUCGAUGGACCUCAGCCCUCGGCACCGGCGCCAGACACACCGCUCUUCUACGACCCACCUCACUACGCUUUCUACGAAGGAACAGAAAUAAAGGCUAUUCGUGCUGCGCAUGAGUGGCUGAGCCGCGUUGUCGAACAACGUGGGCCAUAUGAUGGUGCGCUGUUGUUUUCGCAGGGCUGUGCGCUCGUGUCGAGCUACAUGCUGUACCAACAGUGGUACGAGCCCGACUCACCGCCGCCCUUCAAGUUUGCCAUGUUCAUCUGCGGCGGUGUACCUAUCACAGUCCUGAAAGAUCUUGGAGUUCCAGUGUCCAAGGACGUUGAGGAGCUUGACCUCGCCACGAAGCGGCAGUUGCUGGACAAGACGACGUGCAAAAUUACGCGGGAUCGGUGGCAACUUACCGACUACGCGUCCGUGGUUCGCAGAGCGCAAUUUGAUUCCGAUGAUUGUUUUGGAUUGAACCUCAAUGUGAUACCACCAGAGUUGAAGAUUCGAAUUCCCACUGUACAUGUUUACGGACGCAAGGAUCCUAGAUUACCGGCCUCAGUUCAGUUGGCGGGUCUAUGCGAUCCGUAUAUUCGCAAGGUGUAUGACCAAGGAGGCGGCCAUGAGAUACCAAGAAGCAAGGAGGUCUCGGAGGAAUUAGCACUUUUAAUGGAGUGGUGUGCUCAUAGGGGCACUUGGCCAGGCCAGGAGGCGGCUGGUUUCUGA